AUGUUGGUGGAGGAGGGCAGCACGUGUCCAUGGGUCCCAGUUGGCUCGCUCACUGGGCCGCCGGCUUAUUGGCUCACUUCCUGCACUGUGCACCUGGUAGCCAGUGUGCGUCCGCCUGUGCUAGCAGACACGCGUCCAUCACAGUGUGCCCCAGCCUAUGAUGGUGUCUUCUGCAAUGCGCUCAAAUCAGCCAUCAGUCAAAUGGACAUCAUGAGGAAGACUUCGGAACAACUACGACACCUGAUGCAUAAUGAACUUGUGGAGGUCUUGCUGGAGGCCCGACUGCAAAGUAUUCCUGUCAUACAAAUGACUGCUGCUGACUUCGACUCAUUGAAGGCCAACGAGAGUCUGUCUCAGCUGUACACGCACACUUUAGCCUUAAAAGUGCAUGUGGACUGGCUUAAGGUAGCCACAGAAAACGUCAGCUUGCCCUCCGAAGCUGCGAGAGACGCCAGCGUUCGCCUGCUGAGGCUGGCAAACCUUGUCAGUAUGUCUCUGACCCAGAUGAACACUGUUGUGCCUUCUCCUCCUCCACCGCCAGUACUUCCUGUGGUCUACUCGGCUUUUGACGAUCUCCGAUACUCUGUGGAGAUAUCUCGCUGCUUGGAUGUGUUCUGUCACUGGGCCAAACGGCUCAUGCGCUAUAUACGCAGGAUGGCAUCUUGUCCUGGAAGAUGA